UGUCAUCUCUCUUUCUUCCGCUGUUCAAUUGCGUCGUGUAUAACCUACAAAUGUGUUUUUGUGCGUCUAAUAUUUACACGUUCUACGAAUAUUGUUGAUAUCGAUAAAGACAAUGCUGCGUCUUCGUCAAUUUGGAAUAAGAUUACAUAGUACGGCUGCUGCAACUUCGACCACUGAGGCAGGAAAACGUUUAGAUUCUAUUCUAAGAGUAGAUCAUGCUGGAGAAUUGGGAGCCGAUAGAAUUUAUGCAGGGCAAAUGGCUGUUUUGGGUAAUACUGUAAAGGGUCCAUUGAUUCAGCAUAUGUGGGAUCAGGAGAAAAAGCAUCGUGCUAAGUUUGAAGAAUUAAUGCGUAAACAUCGUGCGCGACCUACGGUAUUUACACCUAUUUGGAAUAUUGCUGGAUUUGUUCUUGGUGCUGGGACAGCAUUGAUGGGAGAAAAAGCAGCUAUGGCGUGUACCGUGGCUGUUGAAACUGUCGUAAUAGAACAUUAUAACGAUCAAUUACGUAAUUUAAUGGAAGCUAAUGAUGGGAUAGACAAAGAAUUAUUAGAAACAAUUAAAACUAUUCGUGAUGAGGAACAAGAGCACCACGAUAAUGGAUUAGAACAUGGAGCUGAACAAGCUCCUUUUUAUCAAGCUCUUACGAAUAUUAUUAAAAUAGGCUGUAAAACUGCCAUUUCCAUUUCUAAAGUAGCAUAAAUUAUAUUAAUCUAUUCGAAUGAUGUGAUAGUAGACCUAAGUAUUUGUUAUUUAAAUAUUACUUGACGUUCGUUU